AUGUACGGAAUCCAGGAGCAUCUUUCUACUGCUGUGAAAGAACGAACUUUUGCAGAAGAAAUGGAUUCAGUCCGCCCGUGGGUGCGUAAUGUCGGAGUCGUGGAUGCGAAUGUUGCAGCUCAGAGUGGUGUAGCUCUGUCUCGAGCCCACUUUGAGAAACAACCGCCCUCCAACCUGCGAAAGUCCAACUUCUUCCAUUUUGUGUUGGCCCUCUAUGACCGCCAUGGACAACCAGUUGAAAUUGAGAGGACAGCCUUCAUUGACUUUGUUGAGCAUGAUAAGGAGCAGACGGGAGAAAAAACCAAUAAUGGCACACACUACAAACUCCAGCUCCUUUACAGUAAUGGUGUACGAACUGAACAAGACCUUUAUGCUCGUCUUAUUGACUCUGUCACAAAACAGCCCAUAUCAUACGAGGGGCAAAAUAAGAAUCCUGAAAUGUGCCGUGUUCUGCUUACUCACGAGGUGAUGUGCAGUCGCUGUUGUGAGAAAAAAAGCUGCGGAAAUCGGAAUGAGACCCCAUCAGACCCUGUCAUCAUUGACAGAUUUUUCUUGAAGUUUUUUCUCAAGUGUAACCAAAAUUGUCUGAAGACAGCAGGGAACCCAAGAGAUAUGAGACGAUUUCAGGUGGUCCUCUCAAGCACUGUUAGUGUGGAUGGUCAUGUUCUUGCAGUAUCUGAUAACAUGUUUGUACACAACAACUCAAAGCAUGGCAGAAGAGCACGAAGAAUGGAGCCAGGGGAGUCAUUAGAGAACACCAUGGAAUACGCCACCCCAUGUAUAAAAGCCAUCAGCCCAAGUGAGGGCUGGACCACAGGUGGAGCGAUGGUGAUCAUCAUAGGCGAGAACUUCUUUGAUGGUCUGCAGGUUGUGUUUGGGAGCAUGCUGGUGUGGAGUGAGUUAAUCACUCCUCAUGCAAUCCGGGUUCAGACACCACCAAGACACAUUCCAGGGGUAGUGGAAGUCACACUGUCCUACAAAUCAAAACAGUUCUGCAAAGGAGCUCCAGGAAGAUUCAUUUACACAGCAUUGAAUGAACCAACCAUAGACUAUGGCUUUCAGAGGCUUCAAAAGGUUAUUCCUAGACAUCCCGGGGACCCUGACAAACUGGCAAAAGAGAUGCUGCUUAAAAGGGCAGCAGAUCUUGUGGAAGCAGUCUAUGGAAAUACACACAGUAAUCAGGACAUGUUGCUGAAGAGGGCAGCAGACAUUGCUGAAGCUUUGUACAGUGUGCCACGGCCCCACAGUCAACUACAGGCUCUGCCCAGCUCCCCAGUGCAUGGCAGUGUCAUGGGACUAAGCUCCUACCCAUCUCAGCUGGGUGUGAGCAUUGGCGACCCCGGACAAAGCAGUGGCCAAGUGGGUUACAUGCGUAAUUCUACAAGUUUGUCACCACGGAGCUACCCAUCUGCAUCCACCCCUCAGCAGUCCACCUACAGCUCUGGAGGAGGCAUGAGUGGAGGCUAUGGUGCUGUACCCAUGGGUAGUCUAGGCAUGCCUGGGUCUCCUGGUUUCAGCAGUGCCUCCCCAAACAGCUCACCUUAUGGUAAAGACUUUAUGCCAUCGAGUCCCACUAUACCAGGCUCUAGUUCAUCUUCCUCUCUUCUGCCUUUCUCAUCUUUUCCAUCAGCAACCAAACAGAAAAGUGCUUUUGCUCCUGUCUUGAGACCACAAGGCUCACCUUCACCUGUCUGUCCCACUUCAGGAGGGAAUGGCUUUAGAGCAAUGACUGGUCUCGUUGUUCCACCAAUGUAGAAUAAAAUUGUUAUGAGAGAGGAUUUUUAACAGCUGAUAGUCCAUUGUUAAAAUGAGACUAGUCUUUAUCUCCUAAUUACAUAACAGUACACUUCGGCCACACAGAAAGAGACUGCAGACACUUAACAGCUUACAACAAGUGGUGAAAUACAUCAUUCUUUACUAAAUGGGACCGGAUGAUGAAAAGUGAACAGCUUUGUGGAAUUUCAUGGAGAAAAGACAGUAUUUUUUUAUUAACUUCUUAGUUUAUAGAGGCUUCACCAGUCUCAGUCAUUUAUGAUGAUUUUUCUGUGAUUAAUCUGUAUCACAUGACCAGAGGACUCUCUUACAAAACAUUGUGCAAGUUUCUGAGACAAAUGUCCAAAGCUUUUUUAAGGUUUGUGCAGAGACCUUGUUCAUAAAAGACAUUUUACAAUGAUACAUGAACAUUCCAUUUAUAGAAAUGGAGAAUUUUAUUUUUUUUCUUAACUUUGAAAUAAGGGAAAUUAUAAUUUUUACUUCUCAGAGAUGUGAUUUGAUGACCUCAUAU